CUUCUUGUUUGAGGUUAAAGUUCAACAGUCAUCAUGGCGGACGAAUCAGACAUGCGCAAUGAGCUGGCCGACCUCCAGACACGUGCAGACCAGAUAGCUGAUGAGUCUCUGGAGAGCACUCGGCGUAUGCUGGCUCUGGUCGAGGAGAGUAAAGAUGCCGGCAUCAGGACUCUGGUCAUGUUGGAUGAGCAAGGAGAACAACUGGAGCGCAUCGAGGAGGGGAUGGACCAAAUCAAUAAGGACAUGAAGGAUGCAGAAAAGAAUUUGAACAAUCUAGGACAGUUCUGUGGUCUAUGUUCAUGUCCCUGUAACAAGAUUAAGGGCGGGGGCCAGGCCUGGGGAGCGAACCAAGAUGGAGUGGUGAACAGCCAGCCAGGGGCUCGAGUAAUGGACGAACGUGAACAGAUGGCCAUCAGUGGGGGCUUCAUUCGCAGGGUAACAGAUGACGCUAGGGAGAAUGAGAUGGAUGAGAACCUGGAACAGGUGGGCGGGAUCAUUGGUAAUCUGCGUCACAUGGCCCUGGACAUGGGCCAGGAGAUCGACACCCAGAACCGCCAGAUCGAUAGGAUCAUGGAGAAGGCUGAUUCCAACAAGACCAGGAUUGACGAGGCCAACCAGCGUGCUACAAAGAUGUUGGGCAGUGGCUAAACUGCAGCGAAAAAGUGCUUUCAUCCCUGUUUAUCCCCAUCACCCAAAAAAUAACAACACCGACCAAACCCAGCCCCCAGCACCAACACCCAGCGCCCACUUCCUAUGCUCGACAGCAGGCGCUGCAAAAUCAUGCUUUUAUUGUGAAACUUGUAGAGGUUUGCACACAUGCACAUAUCAUACAUCCCUCUCCCCCUCUCAGUGCUGUCCAUCACUUCCCUCUGUCUCUCCCCUCCCCUUGUUGUCAGUGUUGUUCUGUGUUGUUGCUCUUUUGAUUUUGUUAAGAAAUAAUAGUUCUGUCACACAUCAUCCACUCAAACUCUCUCCACACUGUACAUAGUGCUUCUUAAAUGGCUUCAUUGAUCUAGAUCAUUUGACCUGUUUUCUUCAUCACUAUUUUUUUUAAGUCUGUGUGUAAUAUAAACUGUAUGUACACCUUGUUCCAAGAUGUCCUUCCCCCAUGUCAGUAUUCUGGUGUUGUCCAUGUAAGACACACUGUGUAUUCAUCAGUUAAGAUGUUGUGAUGCUACAUGAUAAGGCCACAGUGAUUUGCCGUGAAUAUAGUAAACAUAUCCUCACAACUUGUAAGCAAGGCUACUGUUUAAAUACAAAGUCAUUUAAUGUAGAUGUGGAGCCACUGAGAUCUUAAUAACAUAGUAGACCAUGGAUACUCACUUACAUGUCUGUAAGUAUUUAAGCCAUUUGGACGAAAAUGUGGCUUUUUGAUCCUGACUGUUAGGGUAUUUUACCAACUCUAUUGAUGGAGCAGUAUUAACGCAAUUUGAUGCCACUGAUUGUAUAGUACGUACCUUUUCCUCAGGGAGCUAAAUCUGACGAUUCAAAAGCAAGGGUUGAAUAUUGAAAUAAUUUGUUGUAAUUCAUAAAAAGCUUUAUCAUAAGGCUCAGUGUAUAAGCAAAUAUUUGCAUUUGUUGUUGAGACUCUUGCUUAACCAUCAGAAAAAUAUCGGGCAUUAACCAUAAUAACCAAAUAGAGUACCACAUCGUGAUUGAUAAUGAAAGGAGGUGGAGCUUUGUUAGAGGUCAGCAGCAACCAAUUCAACUGUUACAGGGGGGUCAACAACCUCUUCACAUACCAGACCCAGACUGCUUUUACCCAUGAUUCAACCCUAGCAAUAUCAAGUAGCGCAUUAAGUGUGUUAUGCAUGUCCAUCCGCUGCUAGAAGACACUGAAUAAUUCAAAUAUCCUAACAUGGCAACCGCAUGCUACAUAUGUAGGCCACACAGAGGAGAGGCCCAUAUUUAUCUGCAAUAGUGCCACUCUUUUUGUUUCAUGUCUCUCUACCUUUCCAGACUGUGACCAUCACUGUAAAUUAAUACCUUGGAAAAUGCCAAUAAAACCAUCAUAACUGUAGAACCAAACUGAGUUUCCUUU